CCCAACAUUUGGAUGAUUAUAGUAUCUCAGUCGCCACCAUGGUACACGUUCUUCUUCUAGGAACUUGCGACACGAAGCUAGACGAACUCUUAUUUCUCCGCACAGCCAUCGAAGAAGCGGAUCCGAACGUUGGCGUCAGCUUGGCAGACGUUGGACGAUGCGAAACCCAGCAUGAGGCUAUCAAGUAUACACACAGCAAAUUGAUCGAGAGCUAUGGCAACGGUCGAAAUGUCGACGACUUGCCACGUGGCGAGCUCAUCAAGACAAUGGCAAGCUUCGCUACGGCGUUAGUGAGGGACCUGCAUCAAGAGUUCGAUGGCACCUGCAUUGACGGUAUCAUAUCUGCUGGAGGAUCGGGAGGAACCUCGCUCGCUGCAGCCGUGAUGAGAGAUGCGCUUCCCAUUGGCUUCCCGAAAUUGAUUGUCUCGACGGUUGCAAGCGGCGACACUGGGCCUAUUGUUGAAGAGACGGACAUUACAUUGAUGUACUCGGUUGUAGACGUUGCUGGACUGAAUGGGGUAUUGCGUAAUGUUCUCAGCAAUGCGGCUGCAGCCAUUGCGGGUAUGGCAUGCUCCUACGCAGGACGACGUCAAGCAAAUACAACCGAGGCAAAAAUCAGGGUAGGCAUCACAAUGUUUGGUGUCACCACCCCUGGAGUGGACGCGAUUCGCAAACAUCUUGAGUCAGAACACAAUGUUGAGAUUUACGUUUUCCACGCGACGGGCCACGGAGGUAAAGCCAUGGAACGGUUAGUCAGGGAAGGCGGACUUGACGCGGUGCUCGACCUCACCACCACAGAAGUCUGCGAUCUACUCACAGGCGGUGUAAUGAGCGCCGGUAAUGAACGCCUUGAAGCAGCUGCCAAGGCCGGUAUACCCAACAUAGUCUCUGUAGGAGCGACUGAUAUGUCUAACUUUGGACCCAAGAACACAGUACCCGAGCGUUACAAGUCUCGGAAGUUGUACGAACACAAUCCAAUGGUGACGUUGAUGAGAACGUCUCAGGAGGAGGCAAGGGAGGUCGGACGAUUCAUUGCUUCUCAGCUAAAGCAGCACGCCCGGGAUCCGGCGAUGAUUGAAGUAUGGUUGCCCAAAGGUGGCAUCAGCAUGAUCUCAACGCCCGAGGGGCCAUUUGCGGAUCCUUCUGCAGAUGAGGCCAUGUUCAAUGCAAUCAAGAAUGGUCUUGAAGAGAGCGGCAUAGAAACCAGAGCCGACAAACGGGACAUUAACGACACGAGUUAUGCACGCGACAUAGCGGAAGCGUUGAUGGAGAAAAUCCGAAAACACAGAAGCGGGCAGUAGGUUGCGAGGGCCAGUACGGCCGCAAGACAACUCAGCCGCCUCCCCCAAGAAAUCCUUUGUUAGAGAACAGAGUCGCCUAGUCGGGUUUCGGCGCUCCAAGAUGGGCUGCGGCCAAUCUAAUUUAAGUCACCAGGGUGAUUGGCCCAGGAGGAGUAGUUGCCUGAUGCCAAGCUCGAGGAUUGGAACAAUAAAACCACGAGACUCGCAGGGUGCGGACUGUACCAAAGCUGGAAAACUUCACGUCACUCGUUCAAGAUGUUUAUUUGUUUAUUGUCUCUGUCACUCGCUACAUCUCUCUUUGCGCACUCUGGCGCGGCUCUGGAUAUCGAUGUAAAGGACCAGGGUAAUGUU